GCAUCAUUGUAAUAAGAAUCUAAGAAAACAAUUACUGAGCUGUGUAUUGCUAAUUGCAAUCGCUUUGGACAUAUUCGUCCGUUGGGCAACGCUAAAAGCUUAAUUUGUUUUAAUUGGUCGUUUAUCCACUUGGCGCGUCUGUGGUCGCUUCCUGUGCCGUCUUCCUCUUCCCCCUCGAAAUGGUGAAUUUCACUGUGGACCAGCUUCGGCAGUUGAUGGACUUGAAACAGAAUAUUCGCAACAUGUCUGUCAUUGCACAUGUUGAUCACGGUAAAUCUACGUUGACGGACUCUUUGGUUUGCAAAGCUGGUAUCAUUGCUGAUUCGCGCGCUGGUGACGCUCGUUUCACUGACACUAGGAAAGACGAGCAGGAUCGUUGUAUCACUAUCAAGUCAACAGCCAUAAGCCUAUACAAUAAAAUGCCAAAGGAGGAUCUUGAGCUGGUGAAGUCUGUUCAACCUGUUGCUAUCGGACCUGAUGGGACCGAGGAGAGACGCUUUCUAAUCAAUCUCAUUGAUUCACCUGGUCAUGUGGAUUUUUCCUCUGAGGUGACGGCUGCACUAAGAGUUACUGACGGUGCACUAGUGGUUGUUGACUGUGUUUCUGGUGUAUGUGUACAAACGGAAACUGUUCUGCGCCAAGCGAUCGCUGAACGCAUUAAGCCCGUUCUCUUUAUGAACAAGAUGGAUAUGGCCGUAACAACCUUGAAUUGUGAAAUGGAGGAGUUGUACUUAAAAUUCCAGCGUGUUAUUGAAAGCGUCAAUGUUAUUAUUGCUCAGUUCAGUGAAGCGGACUCGCCUAUGGGAAAUAUUUCAGUCUCUGCUACACGUGGAACCGUCGGCUUUGGAUCUGGUUUACAAAGCUGGGCCUUCACACUAAGAGACUUCGCAAAGCUCUAUGCUUCAAAGUUCAAUUUAGAACUUCCUAAACUUAUGAACCGAUUAUGGGGUGAAAACUUCUAUAACAUUAAGACCAAAAAGUGGACCAAGGUUAGGCAGUCCGAGGAUGACAUUCGUGGCUUCAACCAGUUUGUCCUGACCCCAAUUUACACAGUCUUUGAUACUGUAAUGAAGAAAUCUCGUGAAGAGCAAACCACCUUACUCACAAAAAUGGGUAUCAAACUAGAUGAAUCAGAAUAUGCACUACCGGACAAACAGCGCCUAAAGUGCAUCAUGCAUAAGUGGUUGCCUGCUGGGGAUUCGUUGUUAGAGAUGAUAUGCGUGCACCUUCCUAGUCCUGUUGCUUCACAGUCUUACCGCAUGGAAAUGCUUUAUGAGGGUCCACAUGAUGACGAAGCGGCAAUUGCGGUAAAAAACUGUGAUCCCAAUGGUCCCCUUAUGAUGUAUAUAAGUAAAAUGGUCCCUACAUCAGACAAGGGUCGUUUCUUCGCCUUUGGUCGCGUGUUCUCUGGAUGUGUUUCCACCGGACAGAAAGUGCGUAUCAUGGGUCCGAAUUACGUUCCUGGGAAAAAGGAUGAUUUAUACGAAAAGAGCGUGCAGAGAACCGUCCUCAUGAUGGGUCGUUAUACUGAAGCUGUGGAAAACGUGCCCUGUGGCAACAUUUGCGGGCUGGUUGGGGUCGAUCAGUUUAUUGUGAAGACUGGAACUAUUACGACUUUCGCUGGUGCUCACAACAUGCGGCAAAUGAAGUUCAGCGUCAGCCCGGUUGUUCGAGUUGCCGUUGAAUGCCAAAAUCCAGCUGAUCUCCCCAAGCUCGUUGAAGGUCUUAAGCGCCUAGCCAAGAGCGACCCGAUGGUUCAGAUCACUACGGAAGAGUCGGGAGAACAUAUUAUUGCUGGUGCUGGCGAAUUACACCUAGAAAUUUGCUUGAAGGACCUUGAAGAAGAUCAUGCCUGUAUUCCUCUAAAAAAAUCCGACCCUGUCGUCUCGUAUCGCGAAACUGUAUUGGACACUUCUAGCAUGUCUUGUUUGUCUAAGUCGCCUAACAAACAUAAUCGUCUAACCAUGAGGGCCUCGCCAUUAUCCGAGGAUUUAUCGGUGGAUAUUGACAACGGCAAGAUUACUAGUAAACAGGAUAUUAAGGACCGGGCCCGUCAUCUUGUCGACAAUUAUGGUUGGGAUGUCCAAGAAGCUAGACGUAUAUGGUGUUUUGGUCCAGAGGGCACUGGUCCUAAUGUUGUGGUCGACGUCACAAAGGGGGUGCAGUAUCUAAACGAAAUCAAAGAUAGCGUUUCAAUCGCAUUUCAGUGGGCUACAAAAGAAGGUGUGUUAUGCUCUGAAAACAUGCGCGGUGUCCGUGUCAACUUAGAAGAUGCCGUCCUGCAUGCUGAUGCUAUCCAUCGUGGGGGUGGACAAAUCAUCAACACCGCUCGACGAUGUUUCUAUGCAACCGUUCUUACGGCAACACCGGGCAUACUUGAACCAGUGUACCUAGUCGAAAUUCAAGCACCUGAUACAGCUCUUGGGGGCAUUUACAGCACGCUUAACAGAAAACGAGGGGUGAUGCAAAGUGAGGAGCGGACGGCGGGUACCAUGAUGUGCGUGGUUAAAGCUUUCUUGCCAGUCAACGAAUCCUUCGGUUUUGCCACGGAUUUGCGUGCAAACACUGGCGGGCAAGCAUUCCCUCAAUGCGUCUUUGAUCAUUGGCAAGUGUAUCCCGGAAACCCACUCGACCCUGCUUCCAAGCCUGGCCAAGUGGCUCUUGCCAUUCGAAAAAAGAAGGGUCUGAAGAGUUCUAUACCGACCGUAGACGAGUUCCACGACAAAUUGUAAUCUAUCUUUUCUUUUGGCGCAUGUGCGAUCAAUGAAAUAAACAGAUUGCUCCAUCGGAUUUCUGCCUCUUUCAUGCUCGUCCGAUUCACUUAUGGUGUAGAGCCAAAGCAUACAGUCAUCAGUUUUCAUACUUCUGUUAUCGGUGCGAUCUGGACUCGGCUUACCGCCCAUAGAUGACAUGAUGGAGCCUGAAAAAGAAAGACAUUCUCACCUUAUCUGUUGCCACUGACCUUCGAGACGCUCGCUUCUCAUGCUAGAUUGUGGUUGUUUUCUGAUAUAUCUACGGGAUUGUCUGACAAUCGUGAUCUACAUAUUGUUGUCUGAAUCUUCAGUAGUUUAUCCAAAGUACUGAAAACAGCACUAGUUUUUCAAGCAACGUAUUGCAUUAUUUUAUUGACUGUCUUCCGGGAUAUUAGUUAAUAAUAAUUAUUGCUGCCAACGUCUGUCAUUGCUUGCCACUUCGUUUUCUGUUGCUAUACACAUUUCCAUUGCUAACCU